AUGCCACGCAUUUUCUUUUCUAUUCUUCUAUCGACUCUAUUUCACGAGACCCAGGCUUACAUCGAGAAUUCGAUUAUCGGUACUCCAAAUGUGAUGUGUGCUGAAAACGAUCUUGGACUUGAUAUCACAACAAAGGUCCCUUUUCGAGGAAACAUCUUUGUCAAAGGUCGAGCUAAAGACAAAAGUUGUCGACAAUCGUACAAAGACGGCGCGAACAACACAUACUCGUUACCACUUGGACAAUGUGGAAUGCAAAGGUUGCGAUCGGCGAAUCCCCGUGGAGUCCAUUUCUCGGUGACCGUCGUCGUCUCACUUCAUCCAAGCGGUUUCAUCACAAAAAACGAUCGAGCUUUCCAUGUGAAAUGUUUCUAUACAGAGCCUGAAGAAGUGGUCACCUCAAAAUUGGAAGUCAACCACUUGGCCACUACAGAAUUGGCGAAUGAGAUGCCGAUGCCGACUUGUGAAUACUCUGUGAGACGAGACGGGCCACAUGGACCGAUUUUGUCCUUUGCUAAUGUUGGAGAUACGGUUUUUCACGUUUGGGAGUGUCACGGAAACGAUCUGGGAAUGCUGGUGAAGAAUUGUGCAGUAAACGACGGUGAUGGCGAUGAGCAUGGAGUGAUAAACGAGAACGGUUGUUCAACGGAUUCGGGUCUUCUUUCUGAUCUCACCUAUGAUUUGAAUCUAAUGAGAGCGCAUGCAACAAGCCAGGUUUUCAAAUACGCUGAUUCAAAUCAAUUGUAUUUCACGUGUCAAAUUCGACUCUGUCAGAAACAAAUGGACUCUUGUCAAGGGAUUACGCCUCCAAAAUGUGGUCCCGAAGUGAUUGCGGUGUUCAAUCGGACAAAGAGAUUUGUGGAAAGAUCGGAUCGUGAUGGGAUUGAGCUUGACGUGGCCACCCGUUCCCUUCUCGUGCUCGAUGAGGAAGAUGCUUCCCUCCUCAGCACUUCCCGCGGUCUCUUCUGCAUUUCCUCAUAUCUUUCUCCACUUAUCCCAAUUUCUAUUCUUAUUUUGUGCAUUCUAAUGUCGGGUAUUCUCAUCGAUGAUAUGUUCAAAGUGAAAGACGUGGAUCCGGAUGGGAAAAAAUUCGAUCGAGUCAGCCGAUUAUUCUGCGAUUCCGAGAAUUUUAAUAUGAAUCUCAUCCUGGACGUAAACACGCAGCUCUACCCGGUGGAUCUCAACGACAAAUUUCGGCUAAUGCUUGCCACAACGUUACGAGAAGAUGGAAUUGUCGAUGAAGGAAUUUUUGAUCAACAGGCAGAGAACCCCCGAGUUGCCCAAUUCGAAUAUGUGAUGUACGGGAAAAUCUACAGAAUUGAGGGCGGUGAAGCGGGUGACAAAGAUGUGCAACAAUUAGACGUUUAUGUGUCAUUUGGGGGUUUGUUGAUGCGACUUCGUGGCGAUGCCUUCAAUCUACAAGAAUUCGAAAUCGAUCGGAACAUUUACCUGUUGAUGAAGAAAAGCGAAUUU